AUGUCGAACCGGCAGCAGGCCCGCGAUAUGCAAGUCGAGUUCCAAGCUCGCCUGCCGCAGUUCCAAGCGAAGCAGGCGCGCCGCGAAGCCCAGAAAGCCGCCAAGCAGGACCCCCAGCUGAAGAAGCAGAUCCAGGACCUGCUGAAGAAGGGCGACACGGCCAAGGCGUACCAGAAGGCCAAGAUGCUGCUGUCGAAGCAGUCGCUCGCGCAGCAGAUGGACCAGAUGGCCGACAUGGCCGAGCUGAGCCUCGCCCAGAUCCAGGCCAACAACAGCAUGAACCGCAUGACGCACAUGAUGGGCCAGUCGUCGCGGACGAUGAACGCGGCGCAGAGGAACAUGAACCCCGAACGAACCCUCAUGACGCUCGAGCAGUUCAAGCAGCAGAACGAAGAAUACGCCGUGAACAACGGCAUCUACCAGGACGCGAUCCAGCAGACGACAUCGCAGCAGGUGUCGGAGGACGCCGUACACGAGCUCCUCGGCAAGCUCGCCGACGACGCCGGCGUCCAGCUCAACACGGAGCUCAACGCCGCGCAGCCCAGCAAGGCCGACCCCGCCCCCGCGCAGACCAACGAGCCCACCGCCGAGGAGGAGGACGCGCUGCAGCAGCGGCUGCGGGCACUCAGGGCUUAG